AUGGUCUCCUUCAACCGCCUCCUCCUCGUCAUCAAGCAGACCGCGUUCGACGCGUACAAGGCCCAGGAAGCGAUCGCGACCGCCGCGGGUCAAGCCGUCUUCGACCCCGCGCGAAUGCAAUCGCUCGCGCGCCGACACGACACGCACAUGUACCAGGUCGAUACACUGGUCGAUCGGAUCACGACGCUCCUGCGAGACAUGGGGGUCACGUCCACGACGAGCGUGAUGCGCUCGGAGAUCACGCGAGAGCACGUGCGAGACGCGGACCUGGUCGUCGCGCUCGGCGGCGACGGCACGACGCUCAUCGCGUCGCAUCUCAUCGAGGACGACACUCCGCUCCUAGGCGUCAACACCGACCGCGCGUCGUUGCAGGAUCUCGCGACGUUGUACCGAAGCAAAGAGCCGCUGGACAUGCGACGAAGCGUCGGUCACCUGUGCGGGUGCACGAGCGUGGACGUGGGGCCCUUUUUGACGGACGUGCUGAGUGGCGCGACGGCGCCGACGCCGCUCGCGCGCUUAGGCGUCGUCGUCGGCGGCGAAUCGCUCCCGCCGGCGCUCAACGACGUCCUCAUCGCGCACCCGUCCCCGGGCGCGGUGUCCAGGUACAGCGUGCAGGUCGGCAAGCGGAAGGGGGAGAAGGGCCACGACGACGAUACUAAUAGCGGCGAUGAUACUACUAGCGGCGAUGAUACUACUAACAGCGGCGACGGCGACGGAGAGUUUUGGUUCCACGUCCGGUCCAGCGGCGUGCGGGGCGCGACGGACUUUUGCCCGUGCACCGCCGCGGGGUCCACCGCGGCGAUGCGAAGCGCGGGGGGAAAGCCGAUGCACUACGCGAGCCGACGCAUGCAGGCGCGUUCUAUACACUGGUUCCCAUACGACCGCGUCGGCGUGUUCAUGGAUCGAGAGCCGAUCUAUCACGAUCACAUCCCGCCGCCGUCGAGCGGGCACGGGUUCUAUGACCCCGAGGAGACGAUGACGCUUCGAUGGAACAGCAGGGUCGGAGUGGCGUACAUCGACGGCGCGCACGUCACGCACCACGUCAAGAUGGGCGACGUCGUCGACUUGUCGACGUCCAAGGCGAGCGAGUUGAAUCUCUUCACGUCGAGUUGGUUCAGAAGGAACCACGCGGAGAUGUGGCCGUCGCGGCUGCCGCCGUCGAGGCUCGCGCAGGAGAUGGCGGGGAGCGAGGACGGCGAUUGGAUCAUCGACGCGCAGUACGUCUCCGCGGUCAUCAAGACGCUCCCGGGCUCGAGCUCCGCCUCCAUCUUCACUGGUGCCAACACGUUCUGGUGCUGGCACGCGUCCGCCGCCGCCGUCGCGAAGGCGGCGGGGACGUCUACACUGGUUCCCAUACGACCGCGUUCGCGGGGUGAACGCCGAACCUUAAGGACUUUUGCCGGCGCAUCUCUCGUCUUUUUCACCGGCUCGGUCAUCACGCUGACUGGUCCCCAUACGACCGCGUUGGCGGGGCGCGCGCCGAUCCUUAAGGACUUUGCCCGGCUCGGCUCGGUCAUCACGACGUCCGCCGCCGCUGCCGUCGUCUCCUCGUGA